AUGGUUGAGUGUAAUUCUGUUGCAGCUUUUGCUGCUGUUGGUGCCAUUUUUCUUGGCUAUAAGGUCUUUACUUUACUUAAGACCCUCUUUGAUGUUUUCGUCGUACCUGGUGUUUCUCUUAAAAAGUUUGGUGCCGGUCAAGGAUACUGGGCAGUGAUUACUGGUGCAACUGAUGGUAUUGGAAAAGAGUUUGCUUUACAAUUAGCCAAGAAUAAGUUCAACGUCUUUUUAAUUUCUCGUACUACUUCCAAGUUGGAAGGCGUUGCUCAAGAAAUUGCUGACAAGUAUGGUGUUGAGACAAAGAUAUUUGCCAUGGACUUUGGAAAAGGCAAUCCCGAGGAUUUUAAUAAAGUAAGCGAGAUUAUCAAUUCUAUCCCUGUAGGCGUUUUAGUAAACAAUGUUGGUGUCAACCAUGAUAUUCCUACUCCAUUUGUUGAAGAGGAUGAAAAUGUUGUUAAUAACAUUAUUGAAGUCAAUAUCAAGGGACUCAUGAAAAUGACAAAGAUUGUGCUUCCUCAAAUGAAACAAAACCGUAAAGGUUUGAUCUUGAAUAUGGGAUCAUUUGCUGGUUUAGUACCUUCACCUUGGUUAUCUGUUUACUCUGCCAGUAAAGCCUUCUUGUCAACAUGGUCUCAAGCUUUGGGUAUGGAAGUUGCAAAAGAUGGUAUUACCGUUGAACACCUAAACACUUAUUUUGUCGUCUCUGCCAUGACCAAGAUCAAGAGAGCUUCCCUGUUGAUUCCUACAAGCAAGGAUUAUGUUACCAGCGCUUUGGCCAAGAUUGGUGUCCCUUGUGGCGCUAAUAUUCCCUUCACAUCCACGCCUUAUGCAAUGCACGGUCUUGCCAACUGGGCCAUUAACAACUUGUUUUCACGCAAGUUUUGGAUCACUCAAAAUUAUAACAUUCAAAAGGAUGUCCGUAAGAGAGCUUUACGUAAGCGUGAACGUGAAGCAGCAGCAGCAGCAGAAAAGAGCAAAUCAAACUAA